GAAAUCAAAGUAAACUAAGCCAGCUCCAAAGUCUUGGUUGGAUCACCCCACACUGUCCCACUUUCUCUAAAAUAUUUGAUCAUCUCUCUUGAUAAAUAGAAAAAAGAGGCUUGACCUUUGAAGAGUGAGACAAAACCCUUCAAUCUCCUUCCUUGCUUAAUUUCCAUGGAGGAUUAUAACAAACAAAUUAGACCCUAUGGAAAUAGUCAAAUGAUGCAGAUGGAGGGCUACUAUGGAGCAACUAACCCUAAUUAUGAUAUUAGGUCCUAUAGUGAUUUUUCCUAUGCACAAACUCAAAGGGGUCCUAAUAAUAAGGACUUGAAGUUGAAGAAAGGGAAAAGCAUUUCAUCAAGGUCUUCAAUUUCCAAGUCAUGGAGCUUUGGUGAUGAUCCUGAAUUUCAAAGAAAGAAAAGGGUUGCUAGCUACAAAAUGUAUUCUGUGGAAGGAAAAGUGAAAGGUUCAUUUAGGAAAAGCUUUAAGUGGCUAAAGAAUAGGUAUUGGCAUGUGGUUUAUAGCUUGUGGUGAUUUUGUGGUUCCUUUGUUUUUCCUUAACAAAAUUUGAUUAUGAUCAGUUUAAUUGAGUUUGUCAUAAAACGUUUGCUUAUAAAUUGGUCUUACUUUAUUGGCUAGAGAAAGAUCUUAUAAGUUGUGGAAUAAAUCUGUAUAUGGGUGAUAUGUAAAGUGUGUGAUGUUAUUUCCUUCUAUUCAGACUCUUUGUACUCUUACAAGCCUAUGUUUAUAAAUAAAUAAAGGAUAAUGUUAAUGAGUGUCUUUAAGA